AGCGCGCCAGUUCCGAAGUUGCGCCUCUUCAGAAGCGAGAGGCCCUCGUCGUCGCGCUGGGUUUUCCCGCCCGCUUCCUCGUCGCCAACUCGCUAUGCCCGCUGUGGUGACCGAGACCGAAGGCCCUCGCGAGGAGUCCUCCGGCGCGGCGGCGCCGCCUCACGGGGAGCUCCAGUACCUGAGGCAAGUGGAGCAGAUCCUACGCUUCGGGCACAGGAAGGAGGACCGCACGGGCACCGGCACCCUCUCCGUCUUCGGGCUGCAGGCGCGCUACAGCCUCCGAGGUGAGCCUCUCCUCCCUCAGCCCCGGCUCUUUUCUUUCCCCCUCAGCAGAAGGAAACGAGGAGACGCUGCUCCUUCCUGCGAGGGGAUAAUGGCGCCUCUCGGUCCUGUGGAGACGCUCUUUGAUACCUAGCAAUCCGCAAGCGUAGUGGGACUGACGACACCAUAAAAAUAAAGCCCUAAGCUUUUUAAAAAUGUUCGUUCGUGGGGUUUCUUUCCCUGUUUGAGGAAGGAAGGAAUGGACGCCGCCCUGUUUUCACUUCCUCCCAGCAGCAGCAGCAGAGGAAAGACGCCGCGUUUCCCCGCCAAAAACCGGAUUAUUAACGGCAGAGCGCAUUUUGAGUGUUUGUUUAUGUUCGCGCGAUUAUUUCCCUCCCAGCUCUCGACUCCCCGAUUUCAGGAUUAUUGGCACAAGCCAAAAGUUAAAUGUCAGAAUCAUAGCUGUCAACGUUUUCCCUUUUUUAAGGAAUCCUUAUUCGAAUAGGUUCUCAAGAAAGGGAAAACGUUGACAGCUAUGGUCAGAAUCGUACUAUUUCUCUCAUCUUGGGGCCGAGGGGUCUUCGGCUCCCCCCCCUAAAAUAUUUGAGACCCCAAAGUUGAUAGGCAUUGCCAUUCAAAUAGUGUGCGUGCACCACGCCAUGUGAGCUGACCUGCAACCCCCCAUAUUUUAUUUAAGUUGGCACCCCUGUCAUAGACAGUCUGGAGCAAUCCAAACCCAGGACUGCUUCUUUUGAUCCAGGGUGCUGUAGAGGAAAGGGGGGGUCAAGCUGGGAAGUUGGCCCAUCUAGGAGAAGGAAAGCUCUGGUCCUAAACCUCUGCUGCCUUGCGGAAUAUCUUAGGGAGAAGAAAAGGCUAAGGAGGAAACCCUACACAAAUCUGGAGCGGAGUCCCUAAAAUGGCUGGAUGGCACCUUGUAUGCCUCCUUCUGGCAACUCCUGCAGCCAAGCUGGUGCCAGAUGUAUUGCUCUGCUUUCCUUUGGACCACAUCAGUGAAGUCGAGAGGGGGCUCUUGUCUGGACAGCCUUGGAUCUCUAUACAACACUUGCGCCCCUGGGAGGUCACUUUGGCAAUCUGAUGCUUCCUGAAAGGGUGUUUUAACAGGUGCAUAUGAUUCGGUAGACUUCCCUGUCUGCUGGCAGUGAAGCCAGAAACAGGAUAGGCUGUGAAUCCACUGGAUUUUGCUGCUCUGAUCUUACCACCGUAAUAGACCUGGAUAUGACAUAGUAAAUUCUCCCACUGGAGUCCAUUGGCCAGAAGAUAAAAGUUAAUGGGGAACAAAUAAAACCAUAAUCCACCUUCCCUUCCACAAAACAAUUGGGCUUUGGAUGUAACAGUUGGUCUACCAUGGAUUCUUCUUUUCUCUGCCCCUUCCUACAAAUAGAAUUGCUCUGAUCAUAUUUAAUAUAUACAGUGGUACCUCGGGUUACGGACGCUUCAGGUUACAGAUGCUUCAGGUUGCAGACUCCGCUAACCCAGAAAUAGUACCUCGGGUUAAGAACUUUGCUUCAGGAUGAGAAUGGAAAUCGUGCGGCGGCGGCCCGGCAGCAGUGGAAGGCCCUAUUAGCUUCGGGCUAAGAACAGUUUCAGGUUAAGAACGGACCUCCGGAACGAAUUAAGUACUUAACCCCAGGUACCACUGUACUGAUGAAUUACAGGUGUUCUCUUAUCUGCUCUAACUUUCUUAAAAUUUAUUUUCAGAUAAUUUUCCAUUGCUAACAACUAAAAGGGUUUUCUGGAAGGGAGUACUUGAAGAACUACUUUGGUUUAUCAAGGUAUGGUAUAUAAUUGGUAUGUACUAGUAUGCAGCAAUAUUCUAUGUAUUACUUUUAGCUCAGAACUAGUUGAUUUAAAUUUUUACUGUGUGCUAGGUUUGACAAGGUAUGGUGGUCCUUUUUGUGUGUGUUCAAGUCUUCUAUAUCACCCUUGCUAUCUUCCUGUAGUGUUAAAAAACUGCAGAAUGUACUAUCCCACACACAUUUCUGUACAGUACUGCCUUUUUAACAUAAAUGCUCACAGAAUUGCAGAAUUGGAACAGCUCCCAAGGGUCAUCUAAUCCAACCUUCUUCAAUGCAGGAAGCUCAGCUAAUAAUUCUAAGGAAUUCUGGAAGUAUCUUAAAAUUAUGUUCUUAAUUAACAUUAAUAAAUAUUUCUUUUUUUUACCCCACACAGGGUUCUACAAAUGCAAAAGAACUUUCUGCUAAAGGUGUUAAGAUCUGGGAUGCCAAUGGUUCUCGUGAAUUCUUAGACAAACAGGGAUUCUUUUCUAGGGAGGAAGGAGACUUGGGCCCAGUUUAUGGCUUCCAGUGGAGACAUUUUGGAGCUGAAUACAAAGAUAUGCAUACAGGUAAUGACACAUUCCAUUGGUUUCCUGUAUUUAGGUAUCCUCUCUACUGAAGACAGGAUUAACUGCUUAAUUGAAAAUCCAGUAUUCUAGGUACUGAAGAGAUUAUGGUAAAAUAGUGCAUUCAUGCCUUAAAAGAAUACAUUUCCCCCUCUACAGUAAACCCCCCCAGUACAGCUGCUCUGGAUAAGAAUUAAUGUUCCUAAAAGAUGCCUUUCUGUUCAUUUGCUCAUUUCACAUAUUAUUGUGGAGAUUCUUGGGUAAAUAAAAAGUACACAAAAGCAUUUAGUACCUUAGCAGAAAGGUUCUAGACAUGGCUGCAGAGGGCAUGCAUAUAGCUACUAUCACAAUCACUUCCUUCUCACAGACUCCCACCUAUUUUAUGUUAAAGAUGUGGUGGGGGUAAAAGGGUGUCAAAAAUAGUUCUUCGUCAUUCAAGCCACUACCCUCAAUAAUAGUAAAUGGCACACAUAAGUUCAUAUGGAAAUCUGCACUGAGGGAACACAAUAAGCAAAAAGUUAUCAUAAAAGUAGUGUGAAGUCAUAGACUGAAGGGGCAAUAUUACUGCAGGUUCUGUGCUUCAUGAGCAAGGAAGAAGCAGUAGUACCAGAAAAAGCACUGAUGGAUUCAACCUUGCUGUGCAUUCAGAUCCUUUGUGUUUCUUAGUAGAGGAAAACUAUCUCACUAUUAAGUAGUUUUGUAAAUUUUAGUGGGGUAGUAUGAAAAUAAAUUAUAUGAAUUGCCUCCUAAGAAUGAGCCUGACAAUUGACGGUUUCACAGAUAAUUAAAAAUUUAUCAGUUGUCACAUUGUCACACUUUUCCUUCCGUAUUUUCAGAUUACACAGGGCAAGGAGUAGAUCAGCUGCAGCAAGUAAUUGAUACAAUCAGAAACAAUCCAGAUAACAGAAGAAUAAUCAUGUGUGCAUGGAAUCCUAAAGGUAUGGUUAUGGAAUUAAUUAUGUAAUGUCAUUGUACCUUGUAGUUGUGCAUGAUAAUCCUUUUCUCAAAAACAGUGGAAUAGCUUGCAUAUGUUGUUUGUAAACUGACUUCUUGUUGGCUUUUGUAUGCCUUGUGGUUAUGAUCAAAGUAAAAUAUAUUUUAAAUGUAUUUUUAAAUUUAAAAAACACACUCAGCUUUUCUUUAUAAAAUAAUCAACAAACUACUGUGUUCACCUGGGAAAAGGGAUUGUUCUCAAGCUGCCACUACAAUACUCUACACAAAUGUAUUAAGAACUGGUCAGUUCUUUAGAAUUUUGUUUUAACAUUCUUUUUCCGUUUUUGUCAUUUUCUAACAAUGACACACUGUUGCUAUGUUGGGAAAUGGUAAUUGCUAGUUUACAAAACAAAGCCAAUAAGAUCAUACUGUGGGUGGAAUUUUGCCAUUGGACAUAUUGUAAUUUUUGCCGUGUUGUUUGCUUCUCAGAUAUAUCCUCAAUGGCCUUGCCUCCAUGUCAUGCUCUAUGCCAGUUCUAUGUUUUAAAUGGUGAACUCUCUUGUCAGCUGUAUCAGCGUUCUGGAGAUAUGGGAUUAGGAGUACCUUUCAACAUUGCCAGUUACUCAUUGCUCACUUCAAUGGUUGCCCAUGUUACAGGCUUGAAGGUAUUUUUAAUGCUUUUAUCUAUUUCCAUUUUCAAAAUAAAAAAUAAAUAAACUAGAAAGAAUGUAGUAGUAUAUGAAGACUUUCUAAAAUGGAGGGUAUAUAAAUUGAAAACCUGAAAAUGUGUACAUGGUGUUGAACAUCAGAACAAGUUUCAUAUUUCUUUGACAGUGCAAUUGUAUACACUUCUCAGAAGUAUGCCCUAUUAAGUUCAGUGUCACUUGACUCCCUGUUAAGUGUGUGUAGGAUCUCAGCCUUCAUUAUUUGGAUGGCCUCUUACUUUAACUAUUGAAGAGUCAAAAGUAGCUUGUUGGCGUAAUUUGUAGAAAAAGAAUUCUGUCAGUGGUUCUAUCAGGUCAAGCAUUUUAUAGUCCAGUGUGCUUGUUUGUAUCUGGCUGCCAUAACUUGAGAAUCGAAAGACUGUUGUGAUGUUGCCAAAAUGUCCUGAAAGUUAAUACAGCUGCUGUUCUAAUAUUUCUGUUUAUAAAAGCUAGUUAUGAGGAACUUGGGAAAUGUUUGUAGCAAAGCUAAACAUCUCAUCACUAUAAUGGAUCAAGGUACAGAUGUUCAAACUCCAUUUCCUGUGCCCCUUGUGAGAAGCACUUGAAUUUUCCAUGGCUGUAAUUCUGCUCUUUGUGAUUAUACAGCACAGGGUGCAGAGCAACUCCCAGGUUCUGAAAAUUCUCCAAAAACUACUUCUAUGUAAAGCGGGGCAGAUCAGUGCCAGACUAGUCUGCCUGUAUCUUCUUGGCAUGCUGCGCUGGCUUUUGUUCAGGUCCUCUAGUGCAACCUGUUAUUGCUUCAAGUGGGAAAAACUUGUGGGGUUCUGCUCCAUCUUGCUGGGAGAGUGCUGCUCAGAUGUAGGGUUUCUGUUAGUUGGCCCCAGUGGAUUAAGCAAAAGAGUUAUGCAAAGAAGGGAUGUUGUCAUAUGGACUUGUAGGAACCAUUAAGCACCUUAGUCUCUGUAAACACAGCAUACAGGAUUGCACCAUAUGUGGGUGGCUGCUUCUUGAGCCAGUAGAACAAUUUAUCCCACAGAAAGUCAUUAAUGUUAACAAUUUAUAGCUGCUACUCUAAUGAGGCAGAUAUCCACUAGAAAAUUAUGAACCACAGAUUUUAUCUAGAGUAUGCAAACAUUUCUCCUUCAUGUGCUUGUGAUAGCAGACCAAGGUUAUUGUACACAUUUAUUGUAAUGUAUUAACUUGCAUUCAAACCAGUUCAGAAUAAGGAACAUAACAUCUAAUUUUGUGUGUAUUAAAUGACUUGCUGAGGAAUCUGGUUAGAGCAAUCUUGCUUAAGAAAUAUAUCAGCAUGUACUGGGUGGCCCAAAAGUAGGUAUACAAUUAAUUAAUUAUUUUUUCCCCCUUUACUGAUAUUGUGAAUGAUGAGAACUUGAGUCAAGAACAAAGAAUGUGGAUUUUAAAGCAGUAUACCUACUUCUGGGCCACCCUGUAUAUUCUUGUUCAUUCUGUUUCUAAUAUUAAGGCUGUGUUUCUUUUUUAUAUAGCCUGGCGAGUUUAUACAUACACUAGGAGAUGCUCAUAUUUACCUGAAUCAUAUCGAACCUUUGAAAAUCCAGGUAAAUAGUUUGGCAAAUAGCCAGCCUUACUACUCACACUGUGUAUUUCCUUCCAUAGCUAUAUAUAUAUUGAAUUAGUUCAAUCUUGGAGUUAAAGGAAUGAUGGAAUGCAUUACUCAUAGUGCUUGUCAUUUGCUUAAUAAUAUAAGAACUGCUGAACAUGACCAAUACAUUAUGGAUGUGAUCUCCAUGGGCUUUGAGUGGGUUGAACACAGCUUACUAAAAGGUGAAAGGCUGUGCAGUUUACUGGACUGUUCACAUUUCUGCAAGUGCUGGAGACAAAACAGGCACAAUCUGGCCAAAAUGUGACUUUAACAUCAGCUGUUCUCCAGCAUUGACUAAUUGGGCUUAUAUUGGAGCAUUUGUGGGUAGAUAUAGCAGCAGCAGAGCAACUACUGGCCAUUAUGUGUGCAGUUGAUAUUCCUAAUCAAGUAUAAUGUUUAAUUAUACAAGUAUUAACAUGAAAUUUGUUGCUAAAGUGAAUACCCCUUGCAUAAUUAGUCUAUUUUAUAUGAAUGCCAUCCCUCUGAAAUAACCAACUCUACUUUAAAAUUUCAGCUUCAGAGGCAACCAAGACCUUUUCCAAAACUGAAAAUUCUUCGCAAUGUUGAAAACAUCAAUGACUUCAAUGCAGAUGACUUUGAACUAGAAGGUUAUGAUCCUCAUCCAGCUAUUAAAAUGGAAAUGGCUGUCUAGGUGACUUGUAACAGUGUUUACUUGCCUUAAGGUCCAAUUUGCAGUAGUGCCCUUAGAAGAACCAUAUUUUGACUUUCUAAAUAUUAGAAAAUACUAAAGAUAUUUCGUGAUAAAUUAUCAUGGUUUUCUUAUGGAGUUUGAAGUAUGCACUGUAUCCAAUGAAAUACUCUCUCCCCGCCCCCAGGAUACUUUUUUCAGCUUCACUUGCUGUGAGAGGUUAACUUUCUAGGUUGUAUAAUAGAAAAGCACUUUCUACAAUUUCUGAACUAUGCAAUAAAAUACACAUACAUUACUUUAGUACAUAUGUGUUAUGUAAAUCACCUGUAUUCUAUUACCAUAAUUUACAUAGGUUUCAAGUUUACCUGACAAGGUAAUAAAAGGGAAGGGGAUGCUGUGUAAAAUAUGGAACAGUUGGAUAAGUAGUUGGCAAUUGAAUAAUAAUAAUAUGCCAAGCCCUUCCCCCACAUUCUAGGCUAUCAAAUAGAAAUGAUAUUUCAUUGGGAAGACUUCUGUAGUUCCUAGUAAAUUGUAGUGAUAACUUCCAGUGUCUCCUUCCAUUGUAGUUAUGGCAGAAGGUGAAAGCAGCAGCCUCUUCCUCCUUUAUGAGUAAUUUUGUAUGUAUGAUAUACCCUAUACACCACUUCCCCCACCUCCGACAUUCCUGAAAACAUCCUUAGUAUAUAUGACAGAACAAAACACAGCAUCUAGUCAUCGUUUCUUUAUUUGAAACUUCUAAACUCAGCAGAUGCACAUUCAAAGUGCAAUCUUGCAUUAUAUAAUCCUGUAGUUCCUGGAACAGUGUCAGGAAAAAUGAAUCAUGUACCCUUUCAUCUUAACUAUUAAAAAGGCUCUUUUUUUUCUUAAAGUGAUUGGGAGUUCUAUAGUUGGGGCUGCAAUCUAUUCUUGUUAUGUAAGUGGAGGAAAGCUUUCUAAAAGCAUUAAUUUGAAUCCGAAAUCAUCUUGUAGCUUCAGCAAAACCAACCAUUUGUUGUGGUAAAUAUAGCUCUGGGGAGUUUAAACCUCACCCUGAAAACUUUCAGUGUUUAAGCUUAUUUUAGCUGUAUUUUAUGUUCACAGAGGAGCUUCUGCCAGACUUCUCCUUGUGGAAACUGGUAUUUCCUUGCAGAAUCUUCUUUCAUUUCAGUGGAAUAUCCAGCUGCCUGAAAGAACGAAUUAUUAUUAUUAUUAUUAUUAUUAUUAUUAUUAUUAUUCCCAUUUCAUAUAAAGAUCACAGGGCAGUUUAUAGGAUAAAAACACAAAUACUGUAACGUAGCACAACAACAGACAAAUUUAAAAGGUCAUAGAUUGUUUUUUUCUAUUUAAAACAUUCCUCUUCACCAGAGGUGAUUAAACAAUCUUGCACCUUUGGCUAACUUGCAGCACUUAGGAAACAGGAAGCAUGACUAAAGCUGUAAUGGAGCUAUAUCAUAGUAGGAGAAUAGACACUGCAAGAAGAACAAAAUCCCCAUUUUUCUUGCUGCCUGAUCUUCUACUUGCUGUGGGGUGAGAAAACAAAUAUCUGUGUUGGCCACACCUACUCUGACAUAGAGACCUCAGAGGCAUGACUAACGUUCGGUGUGACUCUUGGGUGAAAAAGAUUAGCCACCUCAUAAUAUGUUCUAGCUACUGAAGACAAUUUUCAUGUAAACUAGUGCAUAGAAUUAGCCUUAAACAUCUUCAGGUUGUAUAUCCCCACCUCUACUUUGUCACUAUUUUGGCAGGUCUGCCUAGAAACAAGCUAGUAUGAUACAGAACCUGUUAACUUCUGUAUAGGUUGCGAAUAUAUUUAGCAGCAACUUACGUAUUGCAUUCAAUAAUGCAUUUUGGUUUGUGUUUUGCAUUAAUUGGGCAUAGCGUUCACUAGGUUAUAGUGAACAAAAAUUAAUGCUAACAUCUGGAAGCUUACUCAAGGAACCUUAAUUUCAAUAGUAAAAUUGUAAAUACAAAGCAGCCAUAUAUUUUGUGGAUUUGCAAAAUCUUCUUGAACACUGCUUCAGCAAGAGCCCUAAUCCAAACUUCAGAAGCUGUCCCGAGUCUCCUUUAUGGGUGGGGAACAGGAUCCUGUUAGCAGAACCUAAACUUGCCCACUCCCUACAGGUGUAUGGGGCCAUCUACCUGUCAAUCACCUGAUAUUACCAUGACACGGCGACCAAAUCUAGCCUGUGGGCUGUUUUAAAACAAUGACAACUUGCACAUGCUGUGGAUAGGAUAUAUGUGGAUUUCCCUCUUGCUUCCAUUAAAGGUUUGAGGAAAUACUUGCAUUCUGGGAGCACUGAAAAUAUUCUGGGGGUACAAAUACCUGCGGCGGCAUAUAGGAUGCAUUCUUGAUUACUACAGGGUACUUGAAGUGUUCAUGUAGAUGGUCAACAUAUUCACACAUCCUGAAAGGAAAACAUUGGUUCACUAGACCUUUUUAAAGUCCUACCAAAAAAUAAAGUUAUUUCAUAAUGACUCCAGUUUAACAAAGAGUAUUACAUUCUGACACAAAGGCUAUUUGAGUAUAAUGUUAACUUAAAUUUGUUGGGCUACCAGGAAAUAUGUAAAGUGAAAUACUGAGCUCCUAAUAAUGGAAGGAGACCAUUGUAACCCAGUAGGUUUACCCCAUCAAAAAAUAUUAUAAAUAAUAAAUUGAGUGUUGUAGCUUUUC